CCGUGUCACUAGUCAUGGGGAAUUCUCGAAAAUAGUACGGUUAUAGUCGAGAAAAUAGUGGGUUAUAGUCGCGAAAAAAUAGUACGAAUAAGUCGCGAAUAGUGCUUUUAGUGAUAGUGUUGUGCAAGAUAAAGUAGGAUUGGCAAAAUUUUUCAUUUGUAAGUGUUAAACUUAUAUGCCAUGAAAUAAAUAAAAUAUGAGACAAUAUUAUUGCUGUGUCUAAAGUGGUGCCAUCGAAUAUCAAUUUAAACAGUCGGACGGUGAUCAAGGAAAUUGUUCAAGGUUAUAUAAAAAAUGCUCCGUGUACUUUUCGUCUGUCUGUUCGUAACGAAAUGUCUGUCCCAAACGUGCGACAUGGACAACGCUGUGGACAUUUCCAGUGGGAUAAAACUUCCCGACGGUGGGAUAGACUUCGACAAUGUGAAAUUCAAAAAGACUGAAUAUUUUGUAGUGGAUAACAAGGAGAGGGCUUGUAUAUGCGACAAAAAAGUCUGCGUGCUGAAGUGUUGUCCGUUUGGCUACGCGUACGGGUUGGAUUCGAAGAGCUGUGUAAAAAAUAAUGGGACUUUUCGUCCGCCGAUACGCGACGAGUAUUUGAAGCCGAAGGAUGAUUACAACCUUCACUACCGGUUCGGGAAACCGAACUGUUCUGAGUUGGAAUACCGGAUUCUACUGACUUCGGUUUACGAGAAAUUUCACUUGAGGCCGGAUGGCAAGCUGUACAUCGAGAUACCGUCCCACAUCCCACCGUGGGAGUUGCGGACACCGGACAAAUACUGCAUAGACACCGUGGUGUCCCAAGACGAGAAUGGCGAGAGGACACUCAAGUUGGACGCGCUCACGUGCUUCGCGAGCGAGGACCGGGAAUUUUAUGUAGUGGGGCCAGCAUGCAUGAUAAUCUCCUGUGUGUUCAUCCUGGCCACUGUUGCGGUAUACGCCUGGUUGCCGGAGCUCCGUAACCUGCACGGCAGGGUGCUGAUGGCUUACCUCCUCUGCCUCCUGGUCGGGUUCUCCAGCCUCAGCACUAUGCAGAUCCUGCUGACUGUUGACAACAUCAGCUCCGUCUGCUGCAUAGCUUUGACAAUCAUCAUCUACUUCUCUCUUCUGGCCGCUUUCUUCUGGCUCAACGUCAUGAGCUUCGACAUCUGGUGGACGUUCAGCGGCAACCGUGGGAUGACAACGGAGAAGAUGUCGAUCCGACGAAAAUUCAGCGUCUACACCAUCUACGCUUUCAGCAUGCCAACGAUAUUGACGAUCCUGCUGAUAUCUCUGGAGUUCUCAGGACUCCCACCCAACCCCUUCCUACCGUUACUGAGACAUCAAGGAUGCUUUCUGUAUGGGAAAAGCAGAUUGCUGUACCUAUAUCUUCCGAUGGUAAUACUUUGUGUUGCCAAUAUGAUAUUUUUCAUUUUGACUGCGAAGAAGAUAACAGAAAUCAAGAAAGAGACUUCUGUACUCAAAUCUAAAGAAAGUGCGACAACCGUGAACCAAAGUAAAGAAAAACAAAGACUGCUGCUAUACGUGAAAUUGUUUGUUAUUAUGGGCAUCAACUGGCUGUUAGAGGUCUUCAGUGCUUUGUAUCCUGACGCUGUAUACAUCUGGCACAUCACUGACGCCUACAACGUUCUCAUUGGCCUUAACAUCUUCAUCAUAUUUGUUUGCAAGAAAAAGAUAUUCUACUUGCUAAAAAAAAGAUACAAGCAGAUGCGAGAUGGCGCAAACAUAUCCCGGAGUCAGACUGUCUGCUCCAGGACUCUGUCCACAACCCGAGACGAAAUAGCGCUGAAGACCAAGACGGAGUCUGUCCAGGACAAAAGCGCUUAAGAAGACCAAAUCUAUUUAGCAGGCUUAGCAUGACCACAAAAGAACGGAAAAAGGAUGGAAACAAUGUAAAAUAAGGACAAAAUUACAGAUUUCCUUUGUCAAUCUGCCAUUCUAGUCUAUUCUAAUGCGGCACGUUGGACCAUGUUGGACCAAUAGGGUCACGAAACUGUAGGGUGGGCUGUGUGAUGACUGAUGACCAAUUAGCCAUGCUAAGCUUGCAGGACAAAAGUACCUAGGUAAAGACCGAGAGCAAGAUAGGUAUAGUGCCAUACGUUUUUUUAUUUUGUUCUUGAAUUCUUGAUCCAAAUAAUAGUAAGGGAACUUCUUGCUCCAACUGAUCGUGUUUUAAGAGUACAUAAUAUUAUUUUGUUCAUUAAUCUUAUGAUUUACUAAAAACAAUAGAAAGCUAGGUAAGUUAAGUGUUCGUUGUAUAUGCUUGAAAACUACCAUUUAGUUUUGUAUAGGUACGUACACACGUUUUCACAAAAUCAAAUGCUUAGAAAUAUCUAGAAAAAAAAAACAGGUCAAAAACGUUGAGGCCAUGACAAAUAAUAAUGUCACUCAGCUUCUUUGCUUUACUAAGAAUAACAGAUGCUUCGAUUUGCCUGGCGCCAACCACUCGACCUCGUGUGCCAUACCAAAUUUCCACUACAGAUAAGGUUUAGGCGUGGAUAGACAGGCAGAUAGACAUACUUUUACAAUUAUAAUAAUAUUAGUAUGGAUAGUGGAUACUAGUUGGAAGUGGUCGGCUCACCAGUUGGAAGUGGUUAGCUUGGCCAACCAUCGAGGCAAUGUUGGAUUGGUUGCUCCAUCGGCCCCAAUUUUAAAACUUACUCUUGUCACAGAAUAUAUAAUAGUACUGCUCUUGUGAGACAGCUGUGCAGUGAACCCGAGUAUUUUACCUUGCCGUAGAUUCUUUUCGAUAAUAUAGUUUUCAAAGUUUUUUUUUCUCUAAAUACACACAAUUGAUUUUGUAUUACGUAACGUACUUGUGAUGAAUCUUUUUAUGAAUUAACUAAACUAGUAUUGCGGUAAACUAUAAUUCUAUGUACGCUUGUUCUAUACUACCUAUAUUUUAUCUCUAUUAGGACUAAGCUUAAGUAGGUACUUAAAUGUAUUGGCAACUAAUGUUUGGGCAAACAAGUAUAAUUAAGAAUUUAUAAAUAAAAAUAAUGACAGAAUAGAAACUUUAUACAAUGAUUUGUCUUUUUCCAUCAAAGGCUUUUUCCAAUGUGACAGGACAAAUGAUUGCAUAAAUUAUGAUAGUUAAAAUAUUUUAUUUCAAAAGUCUGGAUUUAUAUGUAUGCGUCCCCGCUAAUGAGCGGUUUGGCCGUUACAAAAUGAGAUCACAAGCAAUUG